AUGGGAGUGUUGUCUGUGUUUUUAAGCUGUUUCAUGCCUACUUCGGAGUCUUCACGAGUGUCGGAUAAUAACGGGGAUCUGGGGAUGAAAGUUUCUUCACAGGAAAAAUCUAAAAGUAAAUCAAAAUCAUCAUCUUCUGGAGCUCCAUUGGUUGUGCCUUACUUCCCUUCUGCUACACAGUUCUCUCGCUUGUCUCAGCCAUGGAAGCAACUUGAGGAGAAGCCAACAUCUAUGGACCCUCUUAGCCUNGGAUUGCAAUGCAAUGUAUUUGGGAGGGGUGGCGAAGAGAUGGAUUUUCUGCAACAGCAAGGAAUUCAAGUGAAGGUUAUCCCAGGUAUCACUGCUGCCUCAGGGAUUGCAGCAGAGCUAGGGAUUCCAUUAACACACCGAGGUGUUGCAAAUAGUGUUAGAUUUCUCACAGGGCACUCAAGAAAGGGUGGAGCAGAUCCUCUGUUUGUAGCUGAGAAUGCAGCAGACCCUGACUCAACCUUGGUUGUUUAUAUGGGCUUGUCAACCCUCCCUUCUCUUGCCCUGAAGUUGAUGCAUCAUGGUCUGCCAUCAAAUACACCAGCUGUUGCAAUUGAGAGAGGGACGACACCUCAACAACGUGUGGUUUUUGCAGAAUUGAAGGAUCUUGCUCAUGAAAUUACUUCGGCAGAAUUGUUAUCACCAACAUUGAUCAUCAUUGGAAAUGUUGUUUCACUUUCACCAUUUUGGCCACAUUCUUCAAAAGAAGUACCUUGUUUUGCUGGGGCUAUAUAGACAUAUCCAAGGCACACAGAUGAGUCUACUGUUGUCCGAGAUUUGUUUUUGGCUAAUAACUCCUUCCAUUCGUUCACAUUCAACCAGACAAGUUGCAAUGCUGCCUGAUAAGUCUUCUUGCGGUGAAGUUAGAUGCUGCCCCAGAUAUGGAUGCACACUUUGUUUUGGUAUUUAUUACAAUUUUUAUAUCGAGAAUGUGUUGGGAAUGAGCUGCACUGGACAUACAAGAAUCUUGUUCAGUGCUUCGGAUCAAUCAGACUUUCAUAGUGAAGUCUUGAUUAAAUUUUUCACACCAAGAAAAUAAAAAGCACAGCCUUGUCAUUGUCAUUCCAGCCUUCUGUGUUGGCUUCCUUUGAGUUAAGGAUGGGAGCUUUGAGUAGAAAGUUUUGUAGCAUGAAACGGAAUUUGUACCGUUGUAAUUAUUUUUAAUAACAUUAUUUAAGGAAUGGGCAUGUCGCUAUUCAAUUUAUUCCAUAAAAUCGUUUUUGAUCU